AUGGUGGAGGAUGACGACGGUGAUGAUGAGGAUGACGAUGGUGAGGAUGAUAUCUGGAGGUGGCCAUGGCUGCUUGAUACAGGCGGACCAGAUGGGGCCAAGACCGCCAGCCGUGGUUGGGCGUUGCAAAGGCGGAGAGCCGGCGGUGGCAGUAUUCUGCACUGUUUGUCUGUGUCCCAACACUCACAACACACAACUCACUCACCACACUCACCACACUCACUGCGGUUUCAGCUUGUUCAAGCCAGCAAGCUCAGGGCUAGCUAUGAACGAGCACUGGCAACGAGGCUGGGUCCCAUGGAUUGCUUCUGCGCUGGUCGUUGA